AUGUCAUCCACAACAACAUCCAUCGUGUUGUCUCUCUUUCAUUCGGUGAUCCUCUCGGGUUUGUAUGUCGGAUCACUCUACAUGUGGAAAGGAAGUUUAGCAAAAUCUCGGAAUGAUCCUUCACAAAUUCGAAAACGAACCAUUUCAGCGUUAGCUUCUACGGUCAUUUCGAUUGUGUAUUGUUGGAUUGUAUAUUUAAUGAGCACUAGUAUUAAUCAUACAAUCACUACCACCACCACCAUUAGUACUACUCAAAAUAGUAACGAAUUCAUAGGAUCGGAAUCGUUAGGAUUUAGUGCUAUGAUGGGAAUUGACUUUUAUAGAAUAUUUUCACAACUAUUUGGUGUGAUAGCAGCAUUGUUUUUGAACUCGUGUUUGUUUUUAGGUCCUAUUGCUGAAGCAUUGAAUGUUGAGAGUGUGACUUCCGUGUCAGAGAUUAUUCCAUUCUUACAAAAAUCUGUUCAAUAUCUGAAAAGGGAAUUUAUUGAGCUUUGCCAUGAUUUAUUUGAAAUUUUAAAACAAUAUCCAAAGUUUUUAAUGAAUGAAGAAAAUGUCAUCAAAUAUGAGAGAGGUGGAUUUGAUAAAUCAGAAGAGGCAAUAUUUUCGUUUCGAUCCAUUGUGAUUGGUCCAAUCACUGAGGAAGUUGUUUUCAGAAGUUGUCUCUACUUUAUUUUACAUUAUUUUGGUGGAUUUUCCAUGAUGACGUCAUUUCUAGUUAGUGCCAUUCUUUUUGGAGUCGCCCAUUGCCAUCACAUUAUUGAACAUGUGUUACAUGGUGACAUGGAGCUGAGAGCUGCUAUUUUGAAUGUUGCUGUUCAAUUGACCUAUACAUUUGUUUUUGGACUUUAUUGUGGAUAUAUUUAUGGAAAAACCAAAAGCAUUAUUGCUGCGAUUGUGUUGCAUGCCUAUUGUAAUUUGAUGGGACUUCCAAGUUUCAACAUGAGUAGACCUGUGUUGGCAUGUGCCUACAUUACUGGACUCGUAUUGUUUUGGGUGCUCCUCUUCCCUGUAUUGUCCGUCUUUUAA